AUGCCGGGAAUAGGGGAGGCUAAACGAUUAGCCCAAAUCAGUUACCAAUUGCCGGGUGGAUUUGCAAAUUUUCUCAAGCGAUUGUAUCAAAACAAUCCAACCAACAUGAAAGUGAUUGUCAGCAUGCCAAAGUUAUCGCAAAAAGAAUUUAUUCGCUCUGCGAUAACGAGCCUUCAGAACAACCCGGAGAUUCUCGCGAAAGUUGGCUGGGAAAUUAGCUGGGAUAACGAGAAAGAACCGCAGGAGCUAGAACAAGGACUAAAAGAAGUUGGAGUUCAACCUGGUCAUGCCUGGCUCAGUAGUGGAAUCACUAACUUUUUUGCAGAUUUGAAAUUGGACGAACUUAAAAAAGAAGUUGAAUACAGAGAUAGCGGGAAUUUCUUCAGCAAGGUGUACGCAUGGACCUUGGACAAGCAGUCGACGGCAAUGAAGUAUCUUGAAAUCCAUUUGGAUGGUGUUAUCGCAAACCACCCAAGUCGAGUGAACAAAGCGAUUGAGCAAUAUAACAAGGAGAGAGGCUACAUAUACGGAGUAGAUAAAGUCAGACUCGCGACUUUGAACGGCAAUCCAUUUCAACGUUUUUAAUUAACCGAUCUUUAUAGCAAGCUUAAGCAAACCGCCGCUAUUUGACGUCAUCCAUGAACGUCACGACGGUAACUUUAGAAAACCUGUAGUGAUAUAACUUGUUUGUAGUAUUGCAGUCUGCAACGAAAUAAAUUUGAGCUAGCUUACACAUGCGGUAAUAUGA